AUGGCGGCCGAGGGAGCGGUGUCGGCGCUGGCGGCGGCGGCGCUGCUGCUGCUGCCGGGGCGCGGGGGGCGGGGGCUCUACUUCCACAUCGGCGAGACCGAGAAGCGCUGCUUCAUCGAGGAGAUCCCUGACGAGACCAUGGUCAUCGGCAACUACCGAACGCAGCUGUGGGACAAGCAUUCGGAGGCCUUCCUGCCUUCGACGCCGGGGCUGGGGAUGCUGGUGGAGAUCAAGGACCCGGAUGGGAAGGUGGUCCUCUCCAGGCAAUAUGGCUCCGAGGGGCGCUUCACCUUCACCUCGCACACGCCGGGCGAGCACCAGAUCUGCCUGCACUCCAAUUCCACCCGCAUGGCCCUCUUCGCCGGAGGGAAGCUGAGGGUCCACCUGGACAUCCAGGUCGGGGAGCAUGCCAACAACUACCCGGAGAUUGCAGCCAAGGACAAGCUGACAGAGCUGCAGCUGAGGGCCAGGCAGCUCCUGGACCAAGUGGAGCAGAUCCAGAAGGAGCAGAACUACCAGAGGUACCGGGAGGAGAGAUUCCGCAUGACCAGCGAGAGCACCAACCAGCGGGUGCUGUGGUGGUCCAUCGCCCAGACGGUCAUCCUCAUCCUGACGGGCAUUUGGCAGAUGAGGCACCUCAAGAGCUUCUUUGAGGCCAAGAAGUUGGUUUAGGUUCUCCCCAUGGUGCAACGGCUCCCUUCUUCGCUGGCACUGCACACGUUUCCACCCUUCUGGAUGUCCUGGAACGCUGGCCUGAGAUGGAAACACGAGAUUGAACGUCCUUGGCUGAAAGAGCCCCCUUUCCAAAGCCCCCAACCCACCCACUGAAGCUUUCCUACUGCUGACCCUGUCUUGCUGGACCAGGGCACAGAAGGCUGGUCUUGAGGGAAAGCGGGGAGCCUCUGUUGCCAUCUGCCCCUGGAACAUUGGAAAGAGUAGGUAGUCAUUGAGGCUCCCUUUCUCCCUUUGCCUGCAGCCUGAAGGCUUUGUGUGACUGGCUUCGUUGCCUUUCAAGAAAUGCUUGGUGUAGGAGAUGUAGAGGCAGGAAGGAAAGGGGGGAGUACAGUUAUAUUUGAUGCACCCCCCCAAAUACGUGCCCAUCUCAGUGGCCACAGUCAAUAUGUAGUCUCUGCACCCCACUUCUUUCUUCAGACCCUUUUUGCAGCAUCCCCCCAUCGAUGAGCACUUGCCUCCCUCUGGAGGGGAACGCAAUGCACUGGCAAGCGCCUGGCGGAACCAGCUGCUGGUUAACGGACAGGGCCUCGGCUGAGGGCCACAGGCAGCCAGUGGGGGAGUGUUUCUGGGCGACAUGGAAGGGGUCCUCCAGGCGUUCUGGGGCGGUCACUGCAGCCCAACACACCUAGAAGGCAACCACCUUUGCAGGCCCUGAGCUCAGAGGAAGCAUUUCAGAGUGGAGUAUUUGUGAUCCUGGGGCAGUCCUUGCAGCCCUUGGAGCCUGAAGGCCAUGAAGAAAGCCUCCAGUUCGAAUUGGGGCAGAGCUUUGGCCGCUUGCGUUGGUUUCCCUCUCCUGCCCCCCCCCCCCUGCCUCUGGUUCAAGCCAGUUCCCCUCCUGUUUGUUGGGGGACUUCGUCACUCUUCCUUGUUGAAGUAGUUUUGGAGUGAAAUAAAAGUGUUGCUGCCA